AGUAGUGACGUUGGAAAUGGGCGCGUCGAGCAUCAUUCCAGGGCCUGGUCAAGCUCCUAACCGCGGCUGUCCGGCUGUCAGGCGGCAGACUGCAAAGAAUGGGCACUUUUACCCCCGGACUUCGCUAGAAAAUUACUAGCUUGGGCAAGAAUAUAUAUUGGUAGCAUUUUUAGAUCAAUUUGUUCGUUUGCGCGAACCGGCGACGAAUACCCAAUGACACUUAAUCCGAAUCGCCUCAGCUUUUGCGCAGCGCUGGCUUCCUCAAACACAAGCAACGCCAUAUGAAAGAGUCAACUACGGCACGCCUCAAGAAUGUCCACUAAAGCAGCCCAAAGAAACCGGUGGUCCUUAAGCACGUGGAGCCGAGCAAACACCGGCCGCAUACGCUCGACAAUGCAGUCUUGAAUACGUUGGUAGACCAGCGCCGCGAUGACCGCGACAACAACACUGGUGCAACGGCGCGCAGUUCUGUCUGUGACUGUGAGCCCAAGCAGCGACGCUACCCCUGAUGGCCCGACAGCAAACACCGCCGGCGCACCCUUGCCGCCGAUGCCGUGUCCAGCCGGCGGCGCACCGCCGCCGCCGCCAGCGGCGGCGCGGCGGGGCAGCACCAACGGCAGCGCACCCGCCGGCGCGCCGCCGGCGGCCGGAGGCGCUGGCAGCAUCGGCGGCAGCGGCGCCGGUGGCGGCGGGUCGCGGCAGUGGCAGCAGUCCAGUCUGCUGCUGGCGCAGCCGGCGGGCGUGGCCCGGGCUCCGGCGCCGCGGCGGCGGCGAGCCAACACGGACACCGUGAAGCUGCUGAUGCUGGGGUACCGCCAGGAGCUGGCGCGGGAGUUCACUUUGUUCAACUGCUUCGGCAGCUCCUUCAACGCGCUGAGCUCGCUGACGGCGUUGGCCGGCACCUUCAGCAUCGGACUCACCUACGGCGGGCCCGUGGUCAUGAUGUGGGGUUGGCUGGUGGUCAUGUUCUUCACCACCUCUGUGGCGCUGUCCAUGGCGGAGCUGGCCUCGGCCUACCCGACCUCCGGAGCCCUGUACUACUGGUCGUUCAAGCUGGCUCCCCGGCGGCUGCGCAACCUGGCCUGCUGGAUGACGGCGUGGAUCCUCACAAUGGGCCAGGCGGCCUUCACAGCAUCCAACCUCUACACGUUUGUCAACCUCGUCAAUGCAGUGAUCGAGGUCGUGUACGCCGUGGGCCUGGCCAGCUUCCACCGCUUCCUGGUGCUGCUGGGCACUGUGGCGGUGGUGGGGCUGCUCAACCUGGGCAGCGCCCGACUGACCGCAUUCAUGACCACCGCGGGGGCGCUGUGGCACAUUGUCGCGCUAGCGGCGUUCUGUGUGGUGGUGCCGCUGCUGGCGCCCGAGCGGCAGUCCGCCAAGUACGUGUUCACCUCCUGGCAGCCCAGCUACGACGUCACGGGGCUGACCUCGCCCGUGUACACAGUGCUGGUGGGCCUGCUCAUGAGCCAGUGGACGUUCACGGGUUACGACGGCUCGGCUCAUGUGGCGGAGGAGACCUACCACGCCGAGGUCAACGUGCCGCGAGCCAUCAUCCUGACCAUAUUGGGUGUGGGUGUGACCGGCUACGCCUUCAUGAUGUCGCUGCUGUUCGUCAAGGUGGACGUGGGGGCGCUGUUUGACCCGGACAACGAGACCGGCGGCGUCAACGUGGUGCUGCAGAUACUCAUUGAGGUGUCCAAGUCCGCCUUCAACGGCUCCACGCGGGCGGGUGUGGCGCUGUUCUCCAUCCCCAUCGUGGGCACCUUCUUCUGCUGCUACCAGUCCAUUGCAAACAACUCCAGGAUGGUGUACGCGUUCGCCCGGGACGACGGCGUGCCGUGGUCGGCCUGGGCCAAGCGGGUGCACCCCAAGACACAGGCCCCCCUGUACGGCGUGUUGUACAUGCUGGUGCUGGCCACGCUGCUGUCCACCCCCAUGUGCUUCAACACCUACGUGUUCCCGGCGGUGACCUCGUUUGCGGUGGUGGGCUGCUACCUCGCCUACUGCAUUCCCGUGCUGUGCAAGCUGGCCACGCGGCGGCGCUACUGGCUGCCCGGGCCCUUCAGCCUGGGCCCGCGCCUGUCCUUCGCCAACAACCUGGUCACGGCGCUGUGGGUGCUGACGGUCACGGCGCUGUUCACGCUGCCGCAGUACUACCCCAUCACGCCGCUCAACAUGAACUGGUCCGCGCCCAUCCUGGCGCUGGCGCUGGCCUUCAGCCUGGGCUGGUACUACCUGCCGGGGCCGCUGGGCGCCAAGAAGUGGUUCAUCGGCCCUCGCGCCAACCUGGGUCAGUUCCAUGACGUGCUGCCCUCCGACAUCGCCAAGGCGCGGCGGCAGCAGCUGGAGGCGGAGGAGGCGGAGCGGGCCGCGGACAAAGCAAUGGCGGCGGCCGCGGCCGCGUUCGCCAAGCGCGGCGGCGGCACCGGCUCCGGCACCGGCUCCGGCAGCCGAGGCGGCAGCGGCACCGGCAUAAGCAGGCGCAGCGGUGCUGGUGGUGGGGGUGGCGGUGACAGCGGCCGGGGGGGCGGUAGCGGCGCUAGUGGCACGCUGAUGAGUGUGAUGGCAGCGGCUGCUGCCGCCGCGGCCUUCUCCUCCCCCUCCACCCCUGUGUCACGCAGACGCAUGCACUCGCCGCCGCCGCCGCCGUCAGCAGCAACAACAGCUCGGCCAGAGGGUGCUGCAACUGCCGCCGCCGCCGCCGCCGCCGCCGCCGCCGCCAAGACUGCUGUGCAUGACGAGCCGCCGCCGUACAACGGGCGGUCGCCGCCGGACCCGCCAGCGGUUCGCGGCGGCACCCGGGACGGCAACGCGCUUUUUGAACGCAUAAGUAAUGGCAACUACGUCGGUGGUGGCGGCGGCGGGGACAGUGGGUGCGGCGGCGGCGGCGCCGCGGCGGCGGCAUUGGCGGCGGCUGGAGGCGGGAUCACUUCUGGCCGGAGGGCCAGCUACGGCAGCAGCCUGCUGCUCGGCGGCGGCGGCGGCGGCGGCGGCGGCGGCGGCAGCGGUCCUCUGCACCCGCACCGGCACCCGCACCUGCAGCUGCCGCCGCGCCGCGGCUCGGGAACCGGCUUCCUGGGCCGCACCCAGCAGACCCACCAGCCAUCCCACCAGCAGCAACCCCAGCACCACCUCUCCCGCCACGCCAUCCAACAGCACGGCCAGCACCACGCCGCCGCCGUGGCCGCCGCCGCUGCCGCCGGCGCCGGCACCCGCGGUACCGCAGACGGAAUCCUGAUGCCGCAGGCUGGCGGCGGCGGCAGCGGCAGCCGCCACUUCAUGCCACGCGCCGCCAUUGUGAGUGGCACCCACGCCGUCGGACCCACAGCCGGAGGCGGCGGUGCCGCCGCCGCUGCGGCUCAUCAGCUCCUGAGCAGUGCAGCUUCCUUCACCCUCGCCUCCACCGCCGCCUCCGCUGCCGUCUCCGUCAUCGUUGCCGAUAGCAGCAGCUCGAUUCCCGCCGCCGCCGGCGCCGCCGGCGCCGCCGGCGCCGCCAGCAUACAAAGCGGUGGCGGCGGCGCCGCCGCCGCCGCCGCCGCCGCCGCGCCGCCGCCUGGCGCCGCCACGCCUGUCGCUACCCAUGCUCACCGGCAGGCGGCGGCGGCGGGCCUGCUGGCGGGCCGCGGCCGCCGCGGCUCCGUGCUCGCACUCCUGAGCGGCACGGAUGGCGGCAGGAUCAUGGCGGGGCCUCGCAACCCAUCCGAAUCCCAGAUCGCAUACCUGCUAACGCUCCAGGAACAGCAGCUGCGCGGCGGCGGCGGCGGCGGCGGUCUGAGGGACGGCGAGUCAGGGCCCAACACAGCAGCCGCUACUGCUGCCGCCGGACUGGCAGCCUCAGCCCCUACGCCCGUCGCCACACCUUGUGCUGCCGCCGCCGCCUGUGACAGCACUGAUGAGGGCUCUGUAGCCAUUGUACUCUCCUCCAGUGGCGCCAACGCCAUCACGCAGCAGGCGUCCUCUGCUGCUACAGCCGCUGCAGCCGGCGCCGCUGCUGCUACAGCCGCGGGCGCCAGCCACGGCGCCGCAAACGCCAUCGUUCGCGAGCGGCCGCGCCCAGGCAAGGCACAACGCCGCAUGUCGCUGUACAGUGGCACAACGGCAGCCGCCCGCCGCGCCUCCGGCGCCCUGAUGGCCGUCGCGGGCGGCUUCCGCCGCGGCAGCGGCAGCGGCGCCGGCGCCGGCGGCAGCGGCAGCGGCCCCUUCCAGCCCGCCGCCGCGGCAUUCAAUCCCGGAGGCACACGCGCACGUGCCCUCACAGCAGAUCGCAACACCGGCGGCGGCGGUGGCGGCGGCGGCGGCGGCGGCCGGUGGCUGCCUAGCUCGCUCAACCUGUCCACCUUGCUGCGCGGCGUCGGCGUGUCGCAUUCCGGCCACCUGCCGCCGCAGCCCUCGCCGCCGCCGCCGCCACAGCAGCUGGCAUACUCGUCGCCGCCGCAGACGACGACGGCACUGCUGGCGUUAGGCCACCAGGCGGCGGCGGCCGCCGGCACCUAUUACCAGUACCUGCAGGCGCUUGCGCCGCCGCUGCAGCCACCGUCGCCUCCGCCUCCGCUGGAGGGUAUUGAUGAGGCGGCGGCGGACAGCCAAAUGCCGUCGUCGGCGAUGGCAACGGCGGCGGCGGCGGGCGAGGCGGCGGCAGCGGCGCCGCCGCCGCCCAUCGGCCUGGGCAUUGCGCCCGCCGCCGCCGCCGCCGUCGCGCCGACUCUGCGGCGGUCUGUGGACGUGCCGCCACACCUUGUGCACCUGGUGUAUGGCGGCGGCGGUGGCGGUGGCGGUGGCGGUGGCGGCGGCGGCGGCAAUGGUGUCGGCGAUGGUGGCGGUGCACGCAGUGUGACUUCCGCUACUGCGCGGACGUCGUCGCGUUCGGGGCUGGGGCCGGCGGCGGCUGGGGCGGCUGUAGCACUGCCUGGUGACAGCCUGUACAGCCCCACCCACACGGCGGCGGUGACGUCAGACAGCGACUUACACCCGGGCGGCGGCGGCGGAGGCGGCAGAGGGGGAGGAGGAGGAGGGGGAGGAGGAGAUGGGGGAGGUGGAGGAGGAGACAGGUGGGUGUCCAGCAACCCCACGGGACAGGAUGGCAAUGGCGGCACGGGUGCUGGCCGGCGGCGCUCCACCUUUGAGAUGCUGCACGUGGCGGCGGCGGCGCACGCGCCGCCAUACCACCAGCAGCAUCACCAUGCGCAGGGGCUGCCGCAAGUGCGGGCCCCCACUCGCCUGUCCGGUCCCGGCGUAGCCCCGGCGGCGGGUGCUACAGCCGGCGCUGCCGCAGGGGUCUCCUCCUCCUCUGGGCUACUGCUGCUUAGCAGCCCCAGCAGCCUCCACUCCGCUGCAGCAGUGGCCGCGGUGGCGGCGCCGCUGCCGCUGCCGCUGCCGCUGCCAGCAGCUGGCGGCGCCGUCAACCCUGCCCCAAGCUCCCUACUGCCCGUAUCCCUCCUGGACCCCCCGCUGCUGCACCCCCCGCACCCUCUCUACCCGCAGCCGCACCUCCCCUCACCCCGUGCCAGCAGCCGCAACCUCGCACCGCACACUGUCACAGCGGCAGCAGGCCUCGUCAUCAACCAGCCGCCCUCCGCCGCCGCCGCCGCCGCCGCGGCAGCAGCUCAUCCUGCCGACCGGCUCUCCACCCGCGCCCGCAUGCGGCGGGCCUCUGUGAGCGUCAUGCUCGUGCCAUCGCCGCCGCCUGAUGCUGACGAUGGUAGUGAUGGUGGCGGCGGCGGCGGCGGUGGUGGCGGCGGCGUCGGCGGCGUCGGCGGCUUGAUGGGCAUGGCGUUUGCGCCGGACUCGUUCGCCGCGGUGGCAGUGGCGGCGGCGAUGGCGGCGGCGGACGCGGCUGAGGAGGCUCACCUGACGGCGGCGCAGGCGGAGGUGGUCGUGGGAGCUGGCGGCGCCCGCUACACGGGAGGCAGCGGCGGCGUCACGGACGGCAGUAGCGCCAGCCUGCGGCACAGCGCCGGCGGCCGGUCCACGCCGCCAGAGAUGCAGGUGCUGGCGGCGGCGGCCCAGCGGCCGCACCUCUCACCACUGUCCGGCGGCCGGCGCGGCAGUACCAGCAGCUAUCAGCAGCCGCACUGGUGGCAGCAGCAUGAGCAGCAGCAGCAGCAUGAGCAGCAGCAUGAGCAGCAGCAGCAUGAGCAGCAGCAGCAGCAGCAGCAUGAGCAGCAGCAGCAGCAGCAGCAGCAUGAGCAGCAGCAGCAGCAGCAGUGGCAGUGGCAGGCUCGGUCUGCGACCGGCUACUUCUACGGCUGCAUGCCGCCUGCUGGAACAAGCGCAGCUGCAUUGGCGGCGGCCUUCCACGGCGGGGCUUCUGGCGGAGGCGGCAGCGGAGGCGGCCGCCGUGGCAGUGCCGCUUGCUACUACACACCACCGGCGCCGCCACCGCCGCGCCUGUCGCAUGACAUGGCCUCUGCCGGCGGCGGCGUGGGCGGCGGCGGUGACGCACCAGAGCGACGGCGGCGCUCGCGGCGCGUGUCAGUGUACAGCCGUCUGCUGCUACUGCCGCCGCCGCCGCCGCCGCAUGACGCCCAGUACCAGUACCAGCAGCAGCAGCAGCAGCCCCACGGCCCGGAGGUGCUACAGCCGGCAAAAUCUGCGUCUGCCGGUUGCAGUCGCGAUGGCGGUGGCGGUGGCGGGGGCGGCUGUAGCAGUACUGGCCUCAGCAGCCUACUAGGCGUUGGAGGCGGUGGCGGCGGCGGCGGCAGCAGCCUGCUUGGCAGUAGCAUUCAUGUCGGCACUACUGGGGGAGCGGGAGAAGGUGGCGGCGCCAACAGCAGCAGCUGGGGUGUCGCAGGAGCAACGUCGCAGCAAAAGCAACGGCAGCGGCAGUCGACGGGUGGGCCGCACCGCCCCGCAGACGAGGCUGGUGGCGGCGGCGGCGGCGGCGGCCCGGGGGCGGCCUCCUCGGCAAGUCUAGCCGGCCUGCAGCAGGCGCCGGGGCGCGUGUGAGCCGUACGUAGGAAGCAACGGCGGCGGCAGCGGCGGCGGCGGCAGUGGCGGCGGCUGUGUGCGCACUAGUGUGGGUAUGGAGGGAGCCGCAGGCCACAGCGGGGGCGCAGAAGGCCGAAGCGUGCGGGGUCCUGCUGCAGAGUGCGCGGCUGGCGUUGGACCGCUUGGAAUGCGACGGGGGCAGGAGCAGCACGAGAGGGAGGGGUCGGGGGGGCAGGGGGGAGGAGAGAUUGCAUUGGUUACACGAGGGGAAGGCGAAGGAGCUCACGCCGCACGCACCCGCUGGGAUGCGAGGACUGGCAGCGGCCAUGUGGCUGGCAUGAACUCAUGUGGAUGUCACACAAAGUGAAGGAGGACUUCUAAGGGUCGGUGGGACACACACACACACACACACACACACACACACACACACACACACACUUGCCUUUUGCAUGGCUGGCCCUGGUGCGUGGCUGGGAAGGUCGUGUGCCUACCCCCCCCCCCCCCGCACUGCGCCUGUCCGCAUGGUCCGCAAUGCUACCUACGCACCAGACUAACGGACAUGCGUGCGCACGUGCACCACUUGUGUCCGUCUUGCUUGGCACAGGUUUGGGGCAUCUGUGUACUUACUCUCUUGGGCAUUACGGUAUCAUAGUCUUGGGUACUGCGGGGAAACGACAGGUAUUAGGUAGAGCGAGAGAGAGCUCGCGUGCGAGAGAUAGAGGCUGCUGGGUGUACUGCUGGGUUCUUAGUUCGGUUCGUCAUGUGAACAAGAGGAUAGCGCGGGCGGAAGCGUGUGUGCCAGAUCUCUGCUGCUGCUAGCGGUUGCCGAUACGGCAGCCGUACUCCUGCAAUGUGCGUGCACGUGUGUAUUUGUUCAUCAUUGGAGGACUCAGGACUGGUAUGCAGCCAUCGAAACACAAACUUACUUGACCUCGAUCUUGCGAAGCGCGCCAUCGCCCUGACCACUGGUGAUGAGCUGCACGUGGUGCGAUGCGCGUGUGUGCACGGCCGUGGUUCUGGCCCUGCGCUGGGGGUGCGUGACGGUGGUGGCGCUGAGGGAGCUGAGCUAGCAAGUGAUAGCUAGCUAGCACCCGGUGCCGGCAGCGGCCUGUUGCGCCGGCUUGAUGCUGACGGUGGGCUGAUCGCACGGCACAGCACGGCACGGCCGGCUGCAAGGAGUGACGGGGGUCGUGAGUGGCCACGCACGCGCCUGUGGAAGGAGCUGAGUAGAUGCGUGCUGGUGCGUGCUGUUGCGUGCCGGUGCGUGCUGGUGCGUGCCGGUACGGGCAAGUGUUGCACGUGACCGUACGCGUCGCUGUGCGCCAUGCAGGGAUGGGGCUCGCGGUUGGCUCAACGGCUGGCAACUGCUGCAUGCAUUUGUGCAAAUUUGAAUAGAGGAAAACGUGCACAUGUGCUGCUUUCGAGCCAAUGAGCUGCACAAACUUGGUGCGGGUGAAAUGCUGUGCAAAUUCCACUCAGAAAUAAGCCGCUCGAUAGCGGUGGUGUGUGUGACACGUGCGCGUGUGCGUGAUUAAAAGGUUCUGCUCAAACUUCCCACAUCCAGGAGGCAUGAGCGUGUACGGGCCAUCUAACCCACGGGUGAUAUUGUUUGCUUGGGUUGGACAUUUGAUACUAUUAUCGAUUCACAGUAUUGCUACUAUUCGUAUGGCAAAGAUUUACACAGGUGCGCCCUCGCAAGGCAGUUCUGCUGGCAUGCGGCACCACCGCUUCCGUCCUGCCCGUGUCCGUGGUCAUGACCUGCUGCGUGCGGUGUGAUUCUCGGGCGGGGCCCAUGGCCCCAUGCAUGCACGCGUGCCAAGCAAAGGCUUCAUGCGCUGUGCUGUGCUGUGCUGUGCUGUUGCAUUGCAGUCUAGGCAUUUUGAGGCUGGUGCAUAAUCGUGAUGAGUUGCGGCGCGUGCAUGUAUGAGUUAUGGCGCCAACUCAGGAUGGCAGCGCUGUGCUCAGCACACGUGGGUUGGCACGACAGACUGAUGACCGGGGCCGCUGAUAGGGCGUGCCGCAUGUGUUGCAGGGCUCACAGGCCCCAAUGCUGCUUGUAAGGCACCGAUAGA